AUGGCGUGCUUCAGCGGUGAACUCACGUGCGCGAAUCUGAAGGAAAGCAACGUCCAAAAUGUGGCGAAAGCAAUUCAGUUUUGUGUCUCCUUCAAAGAGGAAAUAUUAAAAUGUAAAGGAGAGACGAAGAAUAAAAUCUGCUUCAAAAUUCCCAAAGAGUGUGACUCCAGCUACUAUUACCACCUGUUUUACUUCGUGCUCUCCGACAACAUUUUCGCCAAAUCGUCUGCACCCGUCUAUACGAUAGUCGCUCUGCCGAUUUUGCAGUACAACACGUACGUGUACUUUGAGAGAAAGAAUGUCAGCUGGAAGAGUUUUAUGACAGUUUAUGAAGAAGCGAUCAAGCUGGACGGAAAUCUGUCUGAGGUUACCAUCGUUGGAGCCAAUCUAGGUAUCAAGCUGGAAGUAUUGGAAAUGAUUCUGCUCAACGAUUCGAUUUACCCCGUGCUAGGAUUGUGCCUUAUUGCCUUAGUAAUUUGGUUGUAUGCCAAAUCGUUUUUCUACACCAUCACUGUCAUUGCGUCGAUUGUGCUGUCAGUCGGAACCGCUUAUUUCAUCUACACCACCGUCUUCCGCAUCGCCUUCUUUCCGUUCAUGAACCUGAUGGUGGUCGUGCUUCUGAUCGGAAUUGGGGCUGACGACACCUUUGUUUUAAAAUACGUUUUUGACUCAUUCAAAGUAGAUGGUUCAAAGCAGGUCACUGCCCAACAUGUUUCAAACGCGUUGUCCUACUCUGCUGUGGCGAUGUUUGUCACCAGUGCUACGACGGCUUCCGCCUUCUACGCCUGUAUAGUCAGCAAAGUUAUCGUCAUGCAAUGCUUCGGGCUUUUCGCGGGAACAGCGAUUCUGACAAACUACCUCUUGGUCAUAUCAAUUCUGCCGGCAUCACUCAUCAUCCUUGAUCGCUACAUUGAGCCAUUCAUAAACCAGCGCUGUCCAAAAAUGUUCUUCGUCAUGACUGACACGUUGCAUGCCGGCGCAGCGCUCUUCUCCACUCAUCUCACUGAACAGUGGUUGCCGUUCCUAGUCAAAAAUCUCAAGUUUCUUUGGCUAUUCAUUUUUAGUGCACUGUUUGCUGUCUCGUUUGUCGUCGUUUUCUAUAAGCCAGGUUUGUCGCUACCAAGGAGAAAUCCACUGAUAUUAUUCAGCCCAGCGCAUCCAUUCGAAUGGUACGAUGAACACGGUGAACUUCAUUUCAGAUUCCCUUUAGCCAAGUACAAAAUGCCUAUGUCAGUGACCAUAAUUUGGGGUUUCCUUCCUUCAGAUCUCCGAGCAAUGUUUCAACCUAAAGGUUCAUUUUCACUCAUCCGAAAUAGAAAUUUCAACAUGAGUUUGGAAGUACUCAGAGACUUAGAAACAGCCUGUGGAAAACUUGCUAAAACGAGUGCUUUUACUUUCAAAGAUGAAAAGUGCUUUGCCAGUACAUAUUUCGACUGGUCAGCGCAGCAGAUCUGCCAAAAUGGCGACGCAAUAUGCUGCAAUUAUUUGAGCAGUUUAUUUGAGGACAAAAAUCUUGCACGAUGUCUUUACAACGAGAUGAAACCGUUUUUUGAAAGUACGGAAUCAGCCGCACUCACGGUUCUGAAUGAGGCGAAGACCGAAACAGUGCGCAAUGGAUGGAUCGUGACGACCAACGAUAAAAGCUCAACCAUAUUGACAAUAACAGCGAUUAUCCUGGAAACCGUCGCCUGUUUGGUGCUUCUCAACUGGAAGUUGAACAUAAUUGAAUGUACUAUAAUAAUACUUACAAUAGGUCUGUCUUUCGACUGCACUCUUCACUAUGCAGUCGCUUUUAAAUUCACUCCUCCUGGCACAAAAGAGGAAAAAAUAAAUGCAGCUCUCAAGCAUAUCGGAACACCUGUACUUAUGUCGGCUGUUACUACGGCGAUUGCUGGUAUGGCGAUGGUUUUUGCUACUACCAUGGUGUACAUUCAAGUAGGAAUGUUUAUGGUAAUCGUUACG